AUGGUGCCGGGCGCGCGGGCCUGGUGGUGCCGCCGCUGGCUCUGCCCUACGCCGCCGCGCCGCGCCGCGCCGCGCCGCCCGCUGCCUACGGCCGGCAGUGCGCGCAGGGCCUGGAGGCUGCGGGCGCCGGGGGCUACCAGUGCAGCGUGCGCGCCAGGAGCCUGUACACCGGGGCCGAGCGGCCGGCGCACAUGGGCGUCCCCCACCACCCGCACUGGACGAGGCCCUCUCGGACCACCCGAGCGGACCCACAUCGCCCCUGAGCGCCCUCAACCUCGCCGCCGGCCAGGAGGGCGCGCUCGCCGCCGCCGGCUAUCACCACCAGCAUCACGGCCACCACCACCCGCAGGCGCCGCCGCCGCCGCCGCCGCCGCCGGCUCCCCAGCCCCAGCCGGCGCCGCGGCCCAGGCGGCGUCCUGGUAUCUGAACCACAGCGGGGACCUGAACCAGCUCUCCGGCCACACGUUCGCAGCCCAGCAGCAGACUUUCCCUAACGUCAGGGAGAUGUUCAACUCCCACCGGCUGGGGAUUGAGAACUCGACGCUCGGCAAACUCCAGGUGAGCAGCAACGCGAGCUGUCCGCUGCCCUGCAGAUCUACGCCUUCUCUCUACCGCCACGCAGCUCCAUAUUCCUAUGACUGCACGAAAUAGUCAGCUGCCCCGGCCCUCCUCUGCCCUGGCCCGCUCCGGCUUCGCUUAGCAGACGCGCCCCUCUCAAACAGGCUGCAGAGACGCAAAAAGAACCCAAAGUUGCCCACCGCUUUUUCCGCAGACCCGGGAGCAGAGAGAGCGCGCGCGCCAGCCUCAGCCCUCCGCGAAGCGGCAGGUGACUUUAAUUCGCCGCCUCGUUUCUGAGAUCCCAAGAGGCCCCAGUACAGGGACGCGGCCCAACGAAAUGAAUAAUGAUUUUAAAAUCCCCCUCCCCUUCCAGGAUGGCUGUGCUCACUGCUCCACUCGGGGUUUCAAAAAUUAUAACUUAUGGACCAAAUCCCGUAGCGACCCAGUAAUGACUCUCUGUAGAGACCCCCAUAGACCUCUGGGGGUCUCUAGAGAUUAUGUAUGAGCUGUGUGUAAUUUUAAAUUUCUCUAACCGUGCUGUACAAAUGUGUGGAUUUGUAAUCAGGCUAUUUUUUUGUUGUUUUUCAGAGCCAUUAAUACAAUAUUUAAAGUUGAGUUCACUGGAUCAUUCCUCAUCUUGCCCGACCAUUUCUAACUGCCAAAGUGAAAAUUCAAGAAACCCAUGCGGGUCCCCCGUACAAUUAUGAGAUAUAAUUCUUCUCCCAGUUGUAGGUCUUUUACAAAACAAGAAAAUAAUUUAUUUUUUGUUGGUGGUGGUGGAUAAAGAAGUCAAGUAUCUGACACUUUUUAUUUACAAAGUGUGAUGGUGUUGUAUAGUAGAUUCCUCCCCCAGCAUUCCUAAAAGAAAAAAAAAAACCCACUAAAAAUUUAACUUGACCUGUGUUUGUCUUAUGUGGUCUUAAUUGUUGUACUUGCCUUAAAAUAAACCCAUGUUGUUUUUCUGCCCCCCACAAAAGAAGGAGUUAUGAAUAUAAACACUUUUUAAUUAUAAAAAUAUUUCCAACAUUGGCAGCAUGAUACGAACUCCACAAAGUGAGAGCGGUGCUUAAUGAGGUGUGCCUGCACUUACUUGGCUGAACAAGCCUUGUGCGAGGCACUGGCCUUUCCCAAGCAGGCACUCUGUACCAGGUUGCCCUGGGAGAUCUCUGGCUGUGACUCAGUAACUUGGCCCUUCCUCGGGUGAUUUGGGCAUCAUGCUUACCGUAAUUCCAGAAGAUGGAGGGCUAGUGUAAGAUUUAUUAAAAACACAUUAGAGAAGCUAGCAGGAAGCUCUUGCUAGUUAUCUAGUACUUAUACUCAUCAAAGGAGUCUUACUAAUCUUCAAUUUAAAAAAAAUUUAAAAAUUAAUUGAUUACUUCUGAUGACAUAGUAAAUGCUUAUAUU